CCGCCCGCACACUCGCGCACACUCGCACUCGGGCGCACACGGAGCAGGGACCGGCGCCCGGAGCGAGCCAGGGAGCGGCUAACCGGGGACCCACCGCGCGGAGCCAGCCUAGCUGCCAGCGAGCCCAACCCGCGAGGACCCACGCCCCUGAGCCCCGCAGCCGACCCCUGCCGGCCGGUGUCCCCACCGCCAUCCCUGACCCAUGGCGCUGAAGCGGAUUCAGAAAGAAUUGAGUGAUCUACAGCGCGAUCCACCUGCUCACUGUUCAGCUGGACCUGUGGGAGAUGACUUGUUCCACUGGCAAGCCACUAUUAUGGGGCCUCCUGAUAGCGCAUAUCAAGGUGGAGUCUUCUUUCUCACUGUACAUUUUCCGACAGAUUAUCCUUUUAAACCACCAAAGAUUGCUUUCACAACAAAAAUUUACCAUCCAAACAUAAACAGUAAUGGAAGUAUUUGUCUCGAUAUUCUGAGGUCACAAUGGUCACCAGCUCUGACUGUAUCAAAAGUUUUAUUGUCCAUAUGUUCUCUACUUUGUGAUCCUAAUCCAGAUGACCCCUUAGUACCAGAUAUUGCACAAAUCUAUAAAUCAGACAAAGAAAAAUACAACAGACAUGCAAGAGAAUGGACUCAGAAAUAUGCAAUGUAAAAAUCAAAAACAUUUUCAUAUAUACCAGAGUACUGUAAAAUCUAGGUUUUUUUCAACAUUAGCAGUAAAUUGAGCACUGUUUACUGUUUCAUUGUACCAUGAAACCAUUUGAUUCUUACCCAUUUUAAAUGUGUUUCUGAAGCAAGACAAAACAAACUUCCAAAAAUACCCUUAAGACUGUGAUGAGAGCAUUUAUCAUUUUGUAUGCAUUGAGAAAGACAUUUAUUAUGGUUUUUAAGAUACUUGGACAUCUGCAUCUUCAGCUUACAAGAUCUACAAUGCAGCUGAAAAGCAACCAAAUUAUUUUUUGCUGAAACUAGAUGUUUUUACAUGAGAAAUACUGUACGUGUUGUCUAAGAUGUCAGUUUUAUAAAUCUGUAUUCAGAUUUCAUUCUUUGUUAGCUCACUUUAUAAUUUGUAUUUUUUUACUGUAUAGACUAAAUAUAUUCUAUUUACAUGUACAUCAACUCAUUACUUUUUUCCUGUGAACAGUAUUGAAAAACCCCAACGGCUGAUAAUUAAGUGAAUUAACUGUGUCUCCCUUGUCUUAGGAUAUUCUGUAGAUUGAUUGCAGAUUUCUUAAAUCUGAAAUGAUCUUUUACACUGUAAUUCUCAGCAUACUGAUUAUGGAGAAACACUUGUUUUGAUUUUGUUAUACUUGACUUAACUUCAUUGCAAUGUGAAUUAAUUGCACUGCUAAGUAGGAAGAUGUGUAACUUUUAUUUGUUGCUAUUCACAUUUGAAUUUUUUCCUGUAUAGGCAAUAUUAUAUUGACACCUUUUACAGAUCUUACUGUAGCUUUUUCCAUAUACAUAAAAUGCUUUUUCUACUA